AGCAACGGCUGUGCACUAGAGAGUAGGAAUUGAUCUGUUAGUUGCUCUUUCCAUUCAUAGACGUGCUUAAUGCAGCUUGGGCAAUAAGGGUUUUUUCUAUAGCCAAUCAACUCUAUUAACUCCAGGGGUGGAAGCCUCUUUUUUUAGCUAGAUUGUUCCACAGUAGCUGUCACCCUGAAGUUUCUGGCCGUUUUACUGGUGGCAGGAAUGCUUGCAUUCCUGGGUGCCAUCAUAUGCAUUAUAGCCAGUGUCCACCCAGCGGCCAAGGGACCUGCCCUUGGUGGCGAAAAUGAGUCUGCUCCAGCCGCCCCUAACGAGAAGAGCCUCGGAGCUCUCCAUGGUGUCAAGACGCUGUAUGGAUCAAAAGAUGCUUUUCUGGAGCUCUCCGGAUCCAAGAGCCAAUCUCCCCCAAGCUUCAGCAGACUCAUAUGCACCCCUCUGGCUAUGGAGUGCCCCUCUGAUGUGCAAAGAGAUUCCUCCCAGCCUGAAGGAGAAGAGGUGCUCGUCUUGCAGAACACAGCAGAACAGCUGAGACAGACCGUGCUGCAGCAGAAGAAGCAGAUCCUUACCGACCAAGAGGCCAUAAGGGAGCUCACCGGCAAGCUGAGCCGAUGUGAAAACGGGCUGGAUAAAGGCUAUCAGGAGGGGACGGAUGGAUGGGGUCCGAAAGAAGGAGCCAUGGGAGAUCUGCCUCUUGACUCUCCUCAAGCGGUGCAGGAAUUGGAGGAGGCAGUGAGGACGCUGAAAGAUCGCAUUGAAAAGAUUGAGCUGGAAAUCCAGCAGAGAGUGCACAAUUUGACCUCGCCUACAGCCACUUCACCUUCGCCUCUUCAUGGAAGGGACUCCCUUCAGUCCAAGUUGCUUGAGCUAGAGGCCCAACUUCUAGCCAAACUUCUAGAGCUUGAAAAGGAGCAAUCAACAGCUUCAGGUGAAAGAGACAAGCAGGACAUAGAAAAGGAACUGAGCAUACUGCAAAAUCGCAUAGCGGAACUGGAACAAGGUGAAAGUUACCCUGGUUAUCAUCCAGAGAACUUCAAGCUUAGUUUUCCAGUACGUACCAACUACAUGUAUGGACGUAUGAAAAAGACUCUUCCAGAGCUCUAUGCUUUCACUAUAUGCCUGUGGCUGAAAUCCAAGACAACCUCAGGGUCAGGCACUCCUUUUUCCUAUUCUGUCCAUGGCCAACCAAAUGAAAUUGUACUGCUGGAAUGGGGCCACAACCCCAUGGAACUUCUCAUCAACGAUAAGGUAACGCAACUGCCAGUUAGCUUGAAAUAUGGAAUGUGGCAUCAUAUUUGUGUGGCCUGGACUACAAGAGAUGGAAUGUGGACAGCCUUCCAAGAUGGUAAGAAGAAAGGAUCAAAUGACAACCUGUCUGCUUGGCACCCAAUCAAACCUAAUGGAGUCAUCAUUUUUGGACAAGAACAGGAUGCUGUAGGUGGUCGAUUUGAUGCUACCCAGGCAUUUGUGGGAGAGGUGGCACAAUUCAAUAUGUGGGAUCGUGCCCUGACCAACAGUGAAAUGGAGGGAAUUGCAAACUGCACAAUGCCUCUGUCUGGAAACCUUAUCCACUGGGAUGAUCGCCAAGUGGAUGUUUUUGGAGGUGCAACCAAGAAUCCAUUUGAAAGCUGUGAGGAGCGUUUGGGUCACUGAGCUAUACAUGAGCAUUCAAGUCUCCCACAUCCCCUAUUUAUCCCUCAGUGUCACCAUAGCAGGAUUUCACAGCUUCCAAACCAGUGGGUGUGAAAGCAGCACCAGCUUGUGUUAAUCAUCACAAGAUAAUCAUAUAACACUGUGUGUCUUUUUUGGGGGUCAGCGACCAACUUUACAAUGAAAUGGGCUUUGCAGUUGCUUAAUACCAUCACUUGGAAACUUUUACAUGUACAGAUUUUUUUGUCCUUAUUUGCAGCAGGGG